CUUCAUCAUCUUCUCUCUCUAAUUCCUAAUUUUGAAUAUUAUAAACACAUAUGCAUGUAACUGCACCUACAUAUGGUUAAAACCAUGAAACUUAUUAUAUUCCAGCCACUGUUGUAGUUGUAUUAUAUGUUGAAAGGUCGAAGCUCAUCGCCCAUCAUCCUCCAUUUGGGCAUCAAAUAGAAAUACGAAGUUGUUCAAACAAUUUUCUAUUGCAUUAUUCUAUGAAGCUUACAAUAUUGCAGUCUUGACACUCACCCCAAUUUGGUUUUUGGCAAAUCCCAUUAAAAAUUGCUUUUGUUGGAAGCUGAUAACCAGUAGUGUUUGGACAAUUUGCCGUCCGAAUCCGAUUAUUAUAAUCAACAAAAUUUAAUUCAUUACACUACCCUCUAAUCAUAAGCAUAUGUGAGACACUCUCAAGUUUCUGUAUGCAAAAUCGAGUUUAAUUGGGGGUUUUCAUUUCUGUUCAGUUUGUCCAUAAUAGUGUGCAGAAUUGGGUGGGUAGUGAUGAAGAGAUACAGAAAUGGAGAAAUUUGGGAUUUCGAGCAAGAAGUAUCAGGGGAAAUGGGUGGUGGGCAGAAGCUGAUACUGGGAUUGGAUGGUGGGACUACUAAUACGGUGUGCAUAUGCAUGCCCAUUAUCCCUUUCACUCCAAACCACCAUUCGCCGGAUCCUCCUCCGGUCUAUGCCAGAGCUGUCGCCGGCUGCUCCAAUCACAAUAGUGUUGGUGAAAUUGCUGCAAGGGAGACGCUAGAACAAGUUAUGGCUGAAGCUCUUUCAAAAUCAGGUUCAACUAGAACUGCUGUUCGAGCGGUUUGCUUAGCUGUAUCUGGAGUUAACCAUCCAACAGAUCAACAACGAAUUCUAGAUUGGCUUAGAGAUAUUUUCCCUAGCGAUGUUGAAUUUUUCGUUGAGAAUGAUUCUGUGGCAGCUUUGGCUAGUGGAACCAUGGGAAAGCUUCAUGGGUGUGUUCUAAUUUCUGGUACAGGGACCAUUGCGUAUGGAUAUACUGAAGAUGGGAGAGAAGCUCGGGCAUCUGGUGCAGGACCCAUCUUAGGUGAUUGGGGAAGUGGAUAUGGUAUUGCAGCAAAGGCUUUGACAGCAGUAAUAAGGGCUUCUGAUGGGCGUGGUCCACAAACAAUGCUCACACGUACCAUCCUGCAUGAACUUCAAUAUUCUUCUCCAGAUGAACUAAUUGGGUGGACCUAUGCCGAUCCAUCCUGGGCUCGCAUUGCAACUUUAGUCCCUGUUGUGAUAUCAUGUGCAGAAGCCGGUGAUCAAGUUGCAAAUGAUAUAUUGAUUCAUGCUGUUAAAGAGUUGGCUUCAAGUGUUAAAGCUGUUGUUCAUAGACUCGGAUUGUGUGGUAAAGAUGGAAAUGAUACUUUCCCUCUCGUUAUGGUUGGUGGUGUUCUUGAAGCGAAUAGGAGGUGGGACAUUGGAAAAGAAGUUAUUAGUUGCAUUGCCAAAGACUUCCCUGGGAUGCUCCCAAUUAGGCCAAAGGUGGAGCCUGCGGUCGGAGCAGCACUGCUUGCUUGGAACUAUAUAAUAGAACAAUCCCGGCAGGACCAUUCAGAAGCAGACUACAAUUAGGUUCGAUCGGAAAAGGUUGAGCACAAUUGAGGUUAUUGAAUUGUAUAGUACCAAAGGAAGAAAACAUAUUGUAGAGAAAUGAAAGACGUGAACUUGAGAAAUAUAAUUUAUCGAUAGCAUUAUUGUUGUGAUUGUAGUUGUCGAUCAAGUAUGUUCAUAUUAUGAUUCGUCUUCUUAUAUCUUCUG